GCACCCACUGGCCACCUUUUUCCACCUGUUUUUCCGAGUGAGUGCUAUUAUUACCUACUUGUUCUGUGACUGGUUCAGCAACAGCUUUGUUGCCUGUUUUGUCACUAUUCUCCUCCUUCUAUCCUUUGACUUUUGGUCAGUUAAGAAUGUGACAGGAAGACUCUUGGUUGGUUUGCGUUGGUGGAACCAGAUUGAUGAAGAUGGAAAAAGCCACUGGGUGUUUGAAGCAAAAAAGGUGCCUACAAUAUCUGCCUCAACUGAAGCUGAAGCUCGAAUCUUUUGGCUUGGCCUCAUUAUCUGUCCAGUUAUUUGGACAGUGUUUCUCUUCAGCACCUUGUUCUCCUUGAAGCUGAAAUGGCUGGCUCUGGUGAUAGCUGGGAUCUCCCUUCAGACUGCUAAUUUAUAUGGCUACAUCCACUGCAAGUUAGGGGGACGAAAAAGCACCAGCAGAGUACCCUCCAGUUUUUUUGUCACGGCAGAUGUUCCCAAGAGUAAGUACAGAAUUGUCUGUCAGCUACAGCCCAUGAGGUGUCAGGACAGGCAAGGAGCAUUUCAGAAGACUGCAUUGAAGAACAUGGGAAGACAGGCACUAAUCAGAUAA